AUGUGGGGCUCUAAACAUGAACUUGACCCAUUUACAACAUUUGAAUUAUUUAAACAAGAACAAAUUGAUAAUAUAAAUAUUAUUAAUCUACAAUUAAAAUUUAAACAACAUUGGACACAACAACACCCUCACCAGAAAAAAUCCGAUGAAAUUAUUAAUGAUGGUUGUUUAUGUGAACGAUGUUUAGGAAAAGAAACAUCACACACAUGGUCCUUACAAGAUGGAAUUUUAUAUUCAUUCAAAGAAUAUUUACCGAAAGAAUUAACGUGUAAUUUAUUUAAUUAUGAAUUAGAAAAUAUUUCAUUUGAUGAUGAAAAUGAUUCACCACAACCUCCACCUGCACAUGUUCCUAUUGCAUAUGGUGAAACACCUGGUCGUUCUCGAUACAUACCACUCGAACUACAGUUGUAUAUCGAUGAUAAGAGAAAUAGUUAUACUUCGGAAGAGAAAGACACAAAUCGUUUAACUAUUGAACGAUUUAGUUUUUGUGCACGUAAUGUAUAUAAAAAUGGACGUGAAAAGUAUUUGUAUCGAUCGCGUUUUAUUCAGUACUUAUCAAUUCAUCAGCAACUAAUUGGACUCUCUAAAGAACAGCCUUUAGAAAAUUACAUAACACUUGCUCAUUAUAUAUUGAUGAAUCAAACACGUACAAUGCCGGGAUGUGGUUUUAAUAAAACUGCUGAAGAUACUAGUAUUCGUGAUCGAUUCGGUGAUAGGAUUAUUUUAUUAAAAUAUUUAUUACGACAAAAAAUGGAUGCAAAACAAACUUUAAAAAGUAAUAAUUUAUUUAAUGAUACUAAACAAUGUCGUAUUAUUUUACGUGGACGUGCUGGUCGACUUGGGAAUUGUUUAUUUCUGUUUGCAUCAGCUUAUGGUUUAUCACUUACACAUUCAUGUCAAUUGUAUAUAGCUCCAGAUAUUAUUGAUGACCUUCAAACAUCAUUCGAGAUGAAUUUAACAAAUUUAUUAUUAGAAUCACAAUUAGAUAAUUUUACUUCGAUUAAACAAAUCCACAAUCAUUGUUCAUAUAUUCCCAACAAAAGAGAUCUAACAAAGAAGAAAAAUGUAUUAGUGACACCUGAUUCAUUUAGUGUUGCUAAUGAUUUGGCUACAUUGACCCUAUGUGAACAUACUAUUCUUACUGCAGGAACAUUUGGAUGGUGGGGAGCGUUUCUCUCAGAUAAUAGAUUAGGUGAUGUAUUAACAGAUUCAAAAUCGGAUCAUACUCCUAUUGAUUCUAAUUGUCGAGCAGAUGAUUAUUUUCCAUCAUGGUUUAAAUUUUUAAAUAAUACAAAUUAA